AUGAUAACAAUAGCCUCCCUUCCGCAGGAAAUAAUCGACCAGAACGCCGUCUUCGCCAGCCAUGGAGAUGGAUCAAGCCAAUUCCUCAAAAGCCUCCGCGUAGUUAGCAGGCCGUUUUGCUACAGCGCGACGCGUAUUCUAUUCCAGGCAGUCCGCCUAUUCCAGAAAAAACGGAGCGAUUCCGAUCUCGUGAAACGGGAUGAUAUUCAGGCAUUACUGGAACUAGCCCAGUCUGGAGCCAGUCGAUACAUACGGGUCAUGCGAGUUCAUGGUGACACUUUCCUCAAGUCCUCUGACCCAAGUGAGGGAGUAGAAGUGAUAGGCACUGUUGCGAAAGCCUCCCGGGACUAUGUGCGCCCAAGACUUGAGAGGUUGGAGCUUUUUGAACCCGACAAUCUGAUGCUGCGCGAAGUCUCUCAUCACGCAGUGGCCCCUAUCAUCGCCGGUCUCAAGUACCUCACUAUCUGGGGAUGCGCAGGGUGUCCAAACAGUCCAGAAAUGCGACGCAUCUUGCAGUCGGGUGAGAGUCUUCGAUCGGUAGAGUGGCGAAACUGCUCACCAUCCUUCGAGGGGCCUACUGGUAUUGUUCACCCCAGAGCUCCGUUGGAACACUUGAUACUAUAUUGUUAUAACCAGAUUGUCAUCUCACUGGACGCCCUGUCCUCCACGGUGCGCAAUGCCAGGAGCACCAUCAGAUGUUUGGGCCUUUACCCCAUGAGAUGUCAUGUUGACGCGGCGGAAGAGCAUGCCCAGGAGCUCGUGAGGGAGCUUACAUCUUGUCAUUUGCUUCAUCAUGUGGAUGUGCCCCUAUUUCCUGAAACCCCUGUUGUACAGCAACAUGCUGAAAGGGUGAAGUCGACAAUUCCUCCUGAAGACCUGUGUAGUGAAGAGUGUUGCCUUGAUUUCUGGCCGCGGUUGGGUCUCAUUCGACUUUUGAUCUGGGAUUAUAAGCAGGCUCGUGGAUACUCCGGACCAGAAGGUGAUGUCAUACAGAACUUGGUAAAUCAAGGACUACCUCAUUGA